AUGGACUCGGAUGAUCCAGAAGAGUUUGAGUCCCGUUGGUCAAAGUUGAUGAGUACUACAUCUUUGAGUCAAAAUAAAUGGGUGAAUGAUAUGUACACUAUUCGAGCCAUGUGGAUCCCUGCAUAUUUGAAAAAUAUAUUCUCAGCAGGAAUGUCAUCCUCACAACGUGCUGAAAGCAAUCACUCUUUUUUUAAGAAAUAUUUGAGCCGUGACUGCUCCCUCAAUGAUGUGUUUACGCGGUUUAGGAAUGCAAUUUCGAGGCAAAGGCACAAAACGUUAUUACUAGACCAUGCCGACAAAAAUGAGAAACCGUCAUUGAAUUCUACACAACCAAUGGAGCGGCAGUUGUCGACAAGUUGCCAGAAAUUUAAUGAUAUGGGGAUUCCAUGUAGGCACAUGCUAUAUAUGAUGCAGGUUAUGCAAAUCAAGUUGUUGCCAGAAGAAUAUAUCUUGUCUCGUUGGACACAAGAGGUAGGAUCACCAAUUUCAUUUCAAACAGUCGCUUCUCCUAUCAUCCAAGCACGAGGAUAUAUAGAGCGUAGCCGAGGGUUAUCUGAGAAGUGGAAAUGGUUGAUCGAAAAGGCUGCAUUGACCGAAAAAUCUACUAUAAUUUUACACAAAAUGUUUGAAGAAGCGGAAUCAAAAAUACAAGAGAAUGAAGUUGUGACCCCCAGUGAUACACAAGAGUCAUGCUCGGGAAAAGGGCACAAAGGUGAGGGUUUUGUAAGUGAUCCAACUACUAAUCGUGUAGCUCGUGGCCGCAAACGACUAUUAAGUAUGCGAGAUAAGGCAAUUAAAAGUGGAGGCAAGCAUUGUCGCAAUUGUGGCAAAGUUGGUCAUAACGCACGUACAUGUCCUGAAAUUAAAGGCAAAGACAGAAUUGCUGAUGAAGUUGAACCAUAUCGUCCGUCACCUUUAUCGAAUAAUAUCAUAGUCGAGGACAGUCAAGAAAUGACGGGUCGGGAUAUGGUCGACACUGUGGAUGAGGGAUAUGAUUACACGAACCAGGCCUGGGUCGAGGGAGGAUAUGGAGUUAAUGUGCCCUGCUCCAGGAUCGAAUGGCGGUGGUCGAGUGCCGAUUGGAUGGCCGCAGGACUCCAAGCCUUGAGCAGCGCCGUCAGUCCGCUGACAUGGGGGCACGAUAUCCAUGUCCCUGUUUGUAUGUUGAAAUCAGCCCUGCGUGUGUCGAUGCUCGUGGGGCACGACAUGGAUGGCCGCUGA